UCUUCUCAAUUAUAUUUUUGGCCAUGCAUAUAUUCCUCUCCCUCCCUAGUUUUACUCUCUAACCAUUUUUUGUUUCUAUUUUCAUUUCCUUUCAAAUAUAAAUCCUUCAUUCUUCCUCUUCCAAUGGAUCUCCAAACUGAAUUUCAUCAUCAGAGACCCUUUCUUUUUCUUUCUUUCCCCAUUAGCAAACCUCUCUGUUUUGCGCUUUCUUUUCUAAUCCUCUCUGUUUCUUCUCUUUUCAUAUUCAACUUCUCCGCCACCCCUUUCAAUUACCAAUAUUAUGAUCUUUCACGUUUCCAUCACUUUUUCUUUCAAUUUUUUCCCCAAAACAACCCGAUUCCAUCACCGUCCCCGUCCCCGUCGCCUUCAUUGCCGAUACCUUGCGAUUACUCCUAUGGCAAAUGGGUUUGGGAUGAAAAUUAUCCAUUCCACUCUUACACUGAGAAUUGUCCCUUUGUUGAUCCAGGAUUCCGGUGUACCCAAAAUGGCCGGAAAGAUGAAGGUUACCGGAAGUGGCGGUGGCAACCUGAAGGUUGCAAUCUCCCAAGAUUCAAUGCAAGUGAGUUAUUAGAGAGAAGUCGAAACGGAAGGAUCGUGUUUGUUGGCGAUUCAAUCGGACGAAACCAAUGGGAGUCGCUACUAUGCAUGCUCACGCAGGGAGUUUCAAACAUUUCAACAAUAUAUGAAGAAAAUGGGAAGCCAAUAAACAAACACAAAGGAUUUCUCACCAUGCGAUUUCAGGAAUUCAAUCUUACAGUUGAAUAUUAUAGAGUUCCUUUUCUAGUCGUCAAUGGUCGACCUCCUCCAAACUCAUCAACUCAAGUCAAUGCUAGCAUUCGAGUUGAUGAGUUGCAUUGGUAUUCCAAACAAUGGGUUGGUGCCGAUGUCUUAGUUUUCAAUGAUGGUCACUGGUGGAAUAAGCACAAGACCCUUAAAAUGGGUUACUAUUUCCAAGAGGGGGGGAAGUUGAAUAUGAGCAUGGAUGUAAUGGAAGCAUUUCGGAGGUCACUACAGACAUGGAAGCGAUGGGUGGAAGAAGAAUUGGAUCCAAACAGAACUCAUGUUUUCUUUCGCAGCUAUUCCCCUGUUCAUUACAGGGGUGGGACAUGGAGUGAAGGUGGUCACUGUAACACUGACAAAGAGCCCGAAAGAGACUACACGAAACUGGAGGACGAACCAGAAAACAACAUUUUCAUUUCAAAUGUAAUCAAACAAAUGGAUUCCGUAAAGUAUAAAAUUCAGUUCUUGAAUAUUACAUAUCUAACAGAAUUCAGAAAGGAUGGUCACCCUUCAAAGAAUCGUGAGCCCGGCACACCUGAUGACGCUCCACAAGAUUGUAGUCACUGGUGCCUGCCUGGAGUACCAGAUACGUGGAAUGAACUUGUUUAUGCUCAUCUAUUAUCAAAUGGAUUCAGAAAGUAGUGCUAAGUAUGUCAAAAAGAAAAGUAACUAACCUCGUGUUUAGAACUCUAGUUCCCAUACAUACAAAUGCAAGAUGCUUCACUCCA